CCCGGGGAAGUUCAGUUGCGUCUGAGUAUUCCAAGUGAAAAGAUACAGAAGAAGAAAAAAAAAUUUCCUUCCUGAGCAUAAAGCUGUAAAAGUGAUCUGUAAAGAUGUUUCUGCAUUUGAGAAGCUUCAAUCUAUUUGCCACGAGCUUCUCGCGUCGCUUCAAGCAUACGGGCAAAGUGCUGGCGAUUCGACGUGAAGAUCAAUCUGUGUGGGAGCGAAGGGCUCCUUUUAAUCCCGGCCAUGUGAGACGUCUCACAAAGAAGGGUGUUAAAGUUAUUGUGCAACCAUCAAAUAGGCGAGCAUACCCAAUGCAGUCCUAUAUAAGCGCGGGGGCUGUUGUACAGGAGGACAUCAGUGAAGCAUCCGUGAUUUUUGGCGUUAAGCAGGUGCCUGUAGAUCAGCUAAUUCCCUCUAAAACUUACUGCAUCUUCUCACACACGAUCAAGGCGCAGGAAACAAAUAUGCCUCUACUUGAUGCCAUCCUGGAGAAGAACAUUCGUCUACUCGACUAUGAGAAGAUCAUGGAUGAGAAUGGACAGAGACUUGUGGCAUUCGGAAAGUAUGCUGGUGUAGCGGGAAUGGUGAAUAUUCUACAUGGAUUGGGGCUGCGCCUCCUAGCUUUGGGGCAUCAUACGCCCUUUAUGCACGUAGGACCGGCCCACAACUACCGCAACUCAUCAAUGGCCCGCCAAGCAAUUCGCGAUUGUGGCUACGAAAUCUCUCUGGGUAUGAUGCCAAACUCCAUUGGUCCAUUGACCUUUGUCUUCUCCGGGUCAGGGAAUGUCUCUCAGGGGGCACAAGAAGUCUUUGCUGAGCUCCCCAUUGAGUACGUACCACCGGAAAUGCUUCAAAAGGUCUCAGAGCAUGGAAACGACCUUUUUGCAGAUCAAAAUAAACUGUAUGGCUGUGAGGUGAGUCGAUCGGAUCAUUUGGAGCGACGUGAGGGUGGUGGAUUUGAUCCGCAGGAGUACGAUCAAUACCCCGAGAGGUAUAUCUCAACAUUUAGCCAAAAGAUUGCUCCGUAUGCAUCGGUGAUUGUCAAUGGAAUCUACUGGGCGGUUGGUAGUCCCAAAUUGAUGACCAUUCCGGAUGCAAAGAAUCUCCUGCGACCCGCCAAUACACCAUGGUUACCCACGAGUAAAGGUGCUCCGGCUCUACCGCAUCGGAUGCUGGCCAUCUGUGACAUCUCAGCCGAUCCUGGUGGCUCCAUUGAGUUCAUGAAUGAGUGCACAACCAUCGACACCCCAUUCUGCCUCUACGAUGCAGACAGGAAUAAGGAUACGAAGAGCUUCAAGGGACCCGGUGUACUUGUUUGCUCCAUUGACAACAUGCCAACGCAACUUCCGCGCGAAUCAACUGACUUCUUCGGGGAUUUACUCUAUCCAUUCGCCAUGAACAUCCUCCAGAGUGAUGCCAAUAAGCCUCUUGAGGCACACAGCUUCUCCCCACCAGUUUACGGGGCCCUAAUCACGAGCAAUGGAAAAUUAACACCCAACUACGAAUACAUUAGUGAACUGCGUGAGAGUAGUAGAUCACGUCAUAAGAGCGAGUGUUCCAUGGAAGGGAAGAAGAGUGUCCUCGUAUUGGGUGCAGGAUUUGUCUCUGCCCCACUCGUUGAGUACCUUCAUCGCGAUGGAAAGCUCAGUAUUAAGGUGUGUUCGCACAUAAAGGAGGAGAGUGAUCGUCUGGCACAGCGUUAUCCAGGUGUCGAUAGUCUGUACCUUGAUGUUCACGACAAUAAGGAUCAUCUUGCGGAGUUGUGUGCUGACAGUGAUCUCGUGGUCUCCCUCCUGCCAUACUCCCUCCAUGGUCUUGUUGCCAGGCACUGUGUUCGUGGGAAUACUCAUCUCGUCACGGCGAGUUAUGUCAAUGAUGAAGUUCAUGCAUUGGAUGAAGAGGCAAAGGCUGCUGGAGUAACGUUGAUGAAUGAAGUGGGACUUGAUCCGGGAAUUGAUCAUUUCCUGGCACUGGAUUGCAUCCACAAUGCACAACAACAGGGUGGUGUCAUUGAAUCCUUUGUCAGCUACUGUGGUGGCCUUCCAGCACCUGAACACUCCGACAACCCGUUGCGCUACAAAUUUUCCUGGUCACCUCGUGGAGCUCUCCUGAACACCCUCUCAGCUGCCAAAUACCUCAGCAAAGGACAAGUUGUUGAGAUUUCUGGUGGUGGUGAUCUCAUGUCUACACCACGAGAAUUAACUUUCUUGCCCGGGUUUGCAUUGGAAGGCUUCCCAAAUAGGGAUUCCGUAAAGUAUUCCAAUCUCUAUGGGUUGGGUAAUCAGGUGCAUACAUGCCUACGAGGUACAAUUCGCUACAAGGGUUUCUCGGAAUGCAUUAAGGAGAUGCAACUUCUGGGAUUGAUUGAUACUGAGCCACAUGCAAUGCUCCAUCCCAAUGGGCCAGAUAUUACAUGGAGGGAACUCAUUGUGAACCUCCUCGGUUUGGCAGAUUCGAGUAUUUUCUAUGAGAAUCUGAAGCAGAAAUUAGCCGAUAGGGUGGGCAGUAGUGCUGGAAUUGAGCAAUUGGGCCUCCUAGAGGAUAUUCCAGUGCAUAAAAUGAACACACCUUUGGACACACUGAGUCACUAUCUCUCCAAUAAGUUGGCAUUUAAGGAUUCCGAAAGGGAUCUCGUGAUCCUUCGUCAUGAAGUUGGUAUUCGCUGGAAUGAUGGCCGGCGUGAGGAGCGUGGCAUUAAUUUUGUCGUCUAUGGGGAGCCAUUUAAGACCGAAGGGCAUUCCGCUAUGGCCCUAACAGUUGGAUUCCCCGCUGCAAUUGCUGCCAAGAUGAUCCUCGAUGGGGAAAUUCAGCAACGUGGUGUUGUCCUUCCCUUCACUCCCGAUAUCUACCGCACAAUCCUUACGAGGCUAGAGGCCGAAGGACUUUCAGCAACAGAAACUAGCCAAUUUCUCUGACUUUUCCCUACCCUACCGCGCAUGUCACCUCCGCAAUAUUUAACAUAAACCUACCUUUUUAAAGUAAAUUAA